AAAAAAUCCUUCCGCUUGUCCACCAGCCACUAAUGAGCGAAUGGCUAGCUAGUGUACUUUUUAAACCUACAGUUUUGUGUGUGAUGAGGUAGUAAGCAUAUUUUUGGAAGGAAGGUGCCGAGUGAUCAUCCCCGAGCAUGACGGCAGUCAUUCACGAGUUACUGUCCUCCGUUAUGGGGGUGUUAGUUGAAAGUGUCGUGUCGGAGUUGAGCAAACAUCUCUCUGACUUCACGACUGUCUUGUCUGAGGAGUGGAAGCGCAACAAGGGGACCGCAGUGAACAAAAACAGACUUAAACAGGCCAAUCAAGCCAAAACUAAGGAGUUUGCUGAUUUCAUGGAGCUGUUGAGUAAAGCCACAGUAGAGACGAUGGUGAAACUGAUUCACGAUCGCAUCUCAGCCCAAGUACUGGAUGCUACAGCAAAGUGUCAGCUCUUAAAACAGGAUAAGCUAAAUGAGGAUCAAACGGCCACAUCUGAGCCUGAAAAUAAUCUGCUUCUCGAUCCUGAACCGAACGAGGAUCAUGAAAUGGAAUCCGAACAUCAUGAAAACUCUGCGCAAGACGCAAAUGCUCAGCACCAUCAGCUGUCAUCUGCACCCACCGAUGUUUUGGCAAGCAGUUUAAGCUUGAGCGAGAGCCAGCCUUCCACAAGCACGAACGUAGCUGCUGAGGAGAGACAGGGGCCAUUCAUUUGUGAGUCCUGCGGAGUAUCUUUCAAUGACGCGGCCCUGUUAAACAUUCACAAUGCUUUACACAAAGACAGACCUUUCAAUUGUCUGACAUGUGGGAAUACUUUCAAAAUGAUGAAGUGCUUGAUGAAACACCAGAGAUUUCACUCAGCUCCGGAUUUGAGUAUCGAGUUCGAAGCCACUCUGAAUGAAGAAGAAUUCAUUGUGCAGCUCGAAACCUGCGAUGCGGUCAAUGCAUCCCUGGAAACACUAGAGGUCACCACACAAGAAAUUCUCCAAAGUGACUUGGACAACGAAGACGUAUCUUGUGCCGUUUUGGAAAACAGUCAGUACGCGACGGAAACGCUCGUGCAAGGUUUAAAUAUUACCAUCGAAAACACAGACAGCCCCACACCUAACACAGAUACAGUAAAGCAGUCCAACGACGGUAUGUUCCGGUGCAAAACGUGCGGGAAGUGUUUUGAGCUGCGGUGGAAGUUCAUCAACCACGUCCGGGCUCAUGUGAAACAUUACAAAUGUUCGCAUUGCGACAAGCGCUUUACGAUGAGAAGCUGCCUCAUCAGACACGCGGCGACGCACACCGGAGCCCAGCUAUUCAAAUGCGAUAUAUGCUCCAAGUCUUUCGUGUUUCAGGCCUCCCUGGAAAAGCACAAGCGCCUUCACACGGCGGAAAAGACGGUGACCUGUUCGAACUGUCAGAAAGUGUUUCCCGGCAAGCGUUCGUUCGGCAGGCACCGAUGCAAAGCGGUCGAAACGCUCUACAACUGUCCCGUGUGCGACAAGCGGUUCAAAAUCAAACAAAACAUGCUCGACCACCAAACGCUGCACACCGGCGAGAAGCCCUACUGCUGCGAGAUAUGCGGCGCUUUUUACAGCUGCGAGCGGUAUUUGAAAAACCACCAGAAGAGCCACGUCGAGAAAACCUACGACUAUCCGUGCGAGCUCUGCGAUAAACGCUUCAGCGCUCGCAAGCAUUUGCAGGCGCACAUGCUCGUGCACACGAGGGAAAAGCGGUACGCGUGCGAUGUUUGCGAUAAAAAGUUCGCCACCUCUGGAAACCUCAACAGACACAAAGCCGGCCACACGGGAGUGAAGCUGUACGGCUGCCCCGUGUGUUUGAAAAGGUACACCACGGCGUACGCCCUGAAGAUGCACAUGCACAAACACACCUCGAGCAAACCGUUUCUUUGCGACGUUUGCGGUAAGGGGUUUACCAGUUCGGACUACAUGAAAAGGCACAAGCGAAUCAUUCACGCGGGAAGAAGGGACUGCGUUUGCUCCAUCUGCAAUAAGGCCUUCAUAUUCCCCAGCUCUCUUAAUCAGCACAUGCUCGUGCACACCGGGGAGAAGCAUCACGAGCGACUGGUCAGUCCUUUGUUGAAGAAGUUCAGUUGCGAUCACUGCCAAAAGAAGUUCUACUCGCAAGCCGCUCUCACGGUGCACCAGAGGGUCCACACGAAAGAAAAGCCGUAUAGUUGCGAGGUUUGUGGGAAGAGGUUCGGGUAUUCCAGCAGUAUUCAGAUGCACAUGAGAAUCCACACGGGGGAGAGACCUUUCGGGUGCGAUGUUUGCGGUAAGACGUUCAAUCAGGCCGUGCAUCUGAGGACCCACCAGCGCGUGCACACCGGUCUCAAGUCGUUCAGCUGUGAGAGCUGCGGGAAGAAGUUUGUGGAUCUUAGAAACCUUAAACAACAUAAAUGUAAAUACGCCAUGUAAGUCGCAAGACCAAAGGUUACGCUGAAUUUAACACCGCGUCUUUUUGUUCAGGGACGUUUGAAAUAGUUUCUGUAAUGCACAGCAUUAUGUUCAUAGCUGAGGUUCUGUAGUCUUUUUUGGCAAGCUGAAUGAAAUAAAGAGUUUGUAUGCUUCGGUAUUUUUAAUUGUGUAUACAAUUAUAUUUUCAAACCAAGAAUGGGAAUCAAUGAUUGUGUGUGACUGUAAUAAAAACAACUGGAAGAACCAUG